CGAAAAACAAGGAAGCAGCGAAAUUAAGAAAAGGAAGAAAAUAAAGAUUGACCAUUAUAGCAAAUUCUGGUUGGAUAUAAAUUCACAAUAGCAAAUGGACCAGAACUUGUUGAAUACUUUGUGAUUUUUUAUACGACGGAGUGCCUGGAAUUAGAGUGUAUAAAAAUCAAUAGUGGUCGCACACAAAGAUAUUUCGCAACCACUCCAAGUAGUGGGGAGUGCAGUGGAAAUAUAAAAUGUAUACACGCGAUACAGAAUUGCGACGACUGCAAUCCAACGAUGUGAACCGGCUGGCGGAAACGUUGGGAUUCGUUGGGGGAAGAAAGUUGAUGGAAAAUAUACCGAAACAUUGGUCAAAUCAAGACGGAUAUAAUGUUGAAGAUUCUGUUAGAGAAAACCAAAGAUUUAACGGUUCAAAUGUGAUAGAGUUAAAAUACAAGCCAGAACAAGUUCGGCUAAUAGAAGAAGCAACAAGGCAAACUAGUGGCUGUUAUUUUGCAGAAAUAUUAAUACAGGAAUGGAGCACCAGUGGCCGCAAACAUGAACGUCCGACAGUGGGUCUGUUAUUACAGUUACUGGUAAAAUCAGAUCUCUGGAAUGCAGCUGACUUUGUUGCAGAACAUUUCCUAAAUGAACCCCCACCCGAACGUCCUUUGGAAGGACCUGGUGCGAAAGUUGACAUAUCAAUUCCAACAGAAUGUUUGAGAAGUGUUGUAGAUUUUGUAAAUGAUUCGGUCGGUUAUCCAGACACAGAAAUGCUCAACGACAAUAUAAAUAGAACGAAUGGAUUGGCCGAUAACAAUCGAGAUUAUUACACAAAAAUUGCUCCUUUGAAUAAGGACUUAAACACCGUAGCACCAAAACCGCCUCCUCGGACACGAUCCGCGCGUCAUCAAAGUACACAACACAGUCUGCAACAGCAACUGCCAAUACAACAACAGCAACAAAAUAUUCAGAAAGCACCAACCAAMAACGAAGCAGCAACUGCAGAGGCUAAUAACCAAAAUAAACCCCCUCAAAGCCAUGAUAAUAUUCAAGUAUCUAAACAGCCUCAAAAUGUAAAUUCAUCAAUGAGUAAUACCAUGACUUCACAUAAUAUACCAGAAUUGAGCGAUCUGCUUAAAUCCAAUAGCAACCUGCAUUCUGCGAAAUCAGAAGAUUUACGCGAAAUCCCUAUGGUUUCCCUUCUUGAUUCUAAACCUAAAAAUUUACCAAGUAUACCAGUUGUUGCUUCAACAUCAAAUGCGACAUCGAUGGCGGGAUCUGAUGUGCUCGGAAGUCUACCUCUGAUUACUGAACUGAAUUCUGAUGUUGUGGAUAUUGAAGUUUCGAAUGAUCUUCAAGGAGAGAACUCUGAUUCAAAUCAAUUGACACACCAAAUUACUUCACCCUCUCCAAAUGGUUUAAGUGAUGAUAGUCGCUGUAGUAGUUUGAGUAAUGAUAGUUUUGACGAUGGCGAUUACAGUGCUGUAAAUAAUUCGGAUGUUGGUAUUGUUGACAUGGAGAAUGCAGAUGGAACUUCUUGUGAUCAAAGCCUGCCAAAUCUAAGUAUUUUCGGUCGACAUAGUCCCAAUAAUGACUCCAGUUUGACGACUGUAACGUGCACAAGUGGAGACAAUAGCUUCGAACUGAGCUUAAACGAGUCGAGUUCAACAUCAACAACAGACCCCACUGCGCAAAGAAAGUAAGGUUGCGUUCAGGUUGCUGUCAUGAUUGUUAAAGGAAUUCAUAGAGACAAAAUAUUUUGUCAUUCCUACGAUAGAAGAUAUUAUAAAAUGGCAUUCCAAAAGAUACGCGCAGCAUUAUUUGUGAGCAUCAAUUUUGAAAAAAAUUUUUGAUUGCUUAUAUGUAUAGUUAAAAUAUAACACUUGUUACAUAAAAUUGAGAUAUAUGUAUAUCCUCUGCGAUAAACACAUUAUAAGACAACUUUAAAUCAUAUUUAAAAGCAUUUAAUGU